UGGAAUGAAUAAACCUUUGGACCCGAUUGAGUACAAACGAAUAACCUUUAUCAGAUUCCUCUUCAAUGCCAUCCAAAUGUCUUUAGUGGUGAUAUCUUUUUGUGGUGGCAGUGUGAAGGAUUUGAUUCGUGAGAGGGGAAUGCUGAGCAAGCAAAUACCGAAGAAGUUCUCAAGAAAGGAGAGAGCGAAACUUUACGAGAAGUGGGGUAUUGGGUUGAAUACAAAGCAGAGGAGCUUGCAGCUGGCACGCCGUAUAUGGACAGACACGAAAGACAUGGUCCAUGUCAAGGAGAGUGCUGAUCUGGUGGCAAAGUUGCUCCGUUUUGUCGAACAAAGUCAAGCCCCCAAGGAGGUAGUCGGACUCAGCAUUUUGCCGCCCCGAUCCUUAACCCGAAGAUCAUACAGCUGGAAGCACAGCAUUCCUCCCCUCUCAUAAAAGUUGUCGAGGA